GCUUCUGGAGUCGCAGCUUUACCACCGCAGCCCUCCCUGAGCCUGUUGCUUCGUCUCUCAAGUGGGAAUGGGACUGAGACGAUGCCUAGAAAGCGCUUGGCGCAAUGGAGGCCGUCCACAAAUGGGAGUUGUUGCUUUGACUAUUGUAGUCUGUUCAUGCCACAAACUACCCUGGCUCUGGUGACUAAGCGGAGCCGGGGCCCUCACGCAGAAGGUGACAUAGACAUGACCUGUUAGAGGAACUCAAAGAAGAAGCGAUCGGGGUGGACGGAGUGUAUAGAGUUCCAGGCCACGAGUGGUGGGAGAUGAGCUGUGGCCAGAUGUUUGGCCACUUGAGGGAGUUUGGGCUUGUCUUGAGGACACUAGGGAGCCAGGGAGGGGCUUCAAGCCAGGGAGAGUCAUGUCCGAUUCCCUGGUGGUGUGCGAGGUGGACCCAGAGCUAAAGGAAAAGCUGAGAAAAUUUCGCUUCAGAAAAGAGACGGACAAUGCGGCCAUAAUAAUGAAGGUGGAUAAAGACCGGCAGAUGGUGGUGCUCGAGGAAGAAUUUCAGAACAUUUCUCCAGAGGAACUAAAAACAGAGUUGCCAGAGAGACAGCCCAGGUUCGUGGUUUACAGCUACAAGUACGUGCAUGAGGAUGGCCGAGUGUCCUACCCUCUAUGCUUUAUCUUCUCCAGUCCUGUGGGUUGCAAGCCUGAACAGCAGAUGAUGUAUGCAGGGAGUAAGAACAGACUGGUGCAGACUGCAGAGCUCACAAAGGUGUUUGAAAUCCGCACCACGGAAGACCUCACCGAGGCCUGGCUCCAAGAGAAGUUGUCCUUCUUUCGUUGACCUCUGGGCUGGGGAACGGAAUUCCUGAUGUCGGAGUCCCUGAAGAAACUGGGGACUGGGACCCCAAGAACUGGAACUCUGAGACCCUAAGGAAAUUAAAAUGCAGGAACACUCUCA